AUGGAUCAAAUUUUAUUUUGUAUAAAUGAGAAAUGCACCUCAUAAUCAAGGUUAUUAUUAACUAUGGCAGAUGUACCUAAACAUAAUGAUAAAUCUCAUAAAGUAGUAUAAUUUAAAGAGUUCAAAUCUUAUGUAAUGGAAAAAUAUGGAGAUGCAGAUUUGUAGAAGAUUUAGAAAAUUACAAGUAAUGAGAAAGCAAUUAAGGAAGCGAUAUCAAAAAUAAUAAGAGAGGUUAAAGAGAAGUUGGAUCUGUUUGAGAUUAAUGAAAUUAAGUAUAAUAGAUAAAUAAUGUUAAAAUAAUAGGAAAAUGCCAAGUUUACAAUAACUUUCAGAAUAUGUAUGGACAGUUAGGAAAACAGAAAAUUUGAAAGACAUAACAGCUGAUUUGUUAAAGAGUGUUGUAGAAUUCUAAGUGGAAAAGAUUCCCAAAUACAGUUUCAUUUUGGAAUAGAUAGAUGAUCGUAUGAAUAAGUUGAAAACUGAAGUGAUUGGAAUGUUAAAAGCAUAGCAAUAUGAUUUAUAGAUUACAACAUUAGGAAAUGUUAAAUACACAUGGAGUGAUUAAUUUAAGGCUAAUAUUUAUGCAAUAAAAGACGAUGCAAAAAAGGAAAUAGAAGCAACAAGUAUUUAAUUUCUAAUUAUAUCAGCAUCUUUUAUGGGAUGGUCAUUUGCUUGUAUUUAAUAAUAAUUGACAUCUUCAAAGAGAUGGGAAAUCAAAUUAGAAAUAAGAGAAUGUGAAUAAAAGAAUUUAUAAGCUAGUUAAUUAGGAUAAUCUUAAUUAAAGAAGCAAUCAUUUAGUUUUGCUAUUGGAGUAACACUCUAAAAAGCUAGACAAUUAAAAGGUGUUGAAUAAUAAGAUUUGGCAACCAUAGGUCAUGGUUUUUAUUUAAUUAGAUCAGAUGGAUGUAUUACAUAUUUAUUAAUAAAUAAAAGGGACAUGUCAUAAUUCAGAUAAAAAUAUAAAUUGGAAAUAAGGAUUAUCUUUUACUCCAGAACCUAAAGAUGUCAUAAUAAUUAAAUUUGAUCCAACAGAUGGUGAUUUAGUAUUUGAAUAAGGGAAGAAUAAAUAUUAGAUGAAAGUUGAAAGAGCGUUAAAUGAAGUGUUUUUAUUCUGUGUACAUUUAAAAGGAUGUAAGGCCAAAAUAUUGGAUUGAGA